CCUUAAUGAGUACCUUGUAAUCAAAAUUUAAUAAAAACGUUAAAUGCAAAGCUAAUUUAUCCCAGAACAAAGAGAAAACCUACUGCAGCAUACAGUAGCUGCACACACAAAUCCAUUGCUUUGUCGGUUACGCGCUCUGCUAUAUCGGACACGCGCUUUGGUUCCGCGCAUGCGCAGUCCCGUCUGAAUUUUGAAACAGAAUGGCGGUGUUGCUAGAAACAACAUUAGGCGACAUUGUAGUGGAUUUAUACACCGAGGAAAGACCCAAAGCCUGCUUGAACUUCUUGAAGCUGUGUAAAAUCAAGUACUACAACUACUGCCUCAUUCACAAUGUCCAGAGAGAUUUUAUCGUCCAGACUGGAGACCCUACAGGCUCUGGCCGAGGAGGAGAGUCCGUGUUCUGUAAGCUGUACGGGGAUCAGGCGCACUUCUUCGAUGCUGAGAAGGUUCCACGGAUCAAGCACAAGAAGAAGGGCACCGUCUCCAUGGUGAACAAUGGCAAUGAGCAGCACGGUUCUCAGGCACAAAGCAGACAGCCUCGCACCAAACACACCAUCAGCUGGAAGGACCGUCAUGGUGGGGCGGAACUGCCGACACUACACCGGCCGGCGAUUGGGGAGUCAGUCGGGAGAAUUCCACCAUUCAGGCGACGGGGGAAGAGUUUAAGAGGACGCUCUUCCGCCCGUGCGAGGGAGAGUACUAACUCACAGACCACGUUCGGGACGAAGAUGCCAGCUGGUGAGAUCACACACGCACGGGAAACCCCCACACACUUCCUGGGCAUCCCGACACGCCCUUGA